CAGGAUUACCCUGCCAGGCCCUGGAUGAAGACAUGGCCUGUCCACACUGGCUUGGACCCAAGAGACAGCUGUCCCAUGCCAAUUGCAGCAGCAAGAGCAGCUCUCCUCCCUCAGAAGAGCCUGCACUAAAAGCAGGAGACCAGGUUCUCUCAUUUGGAAUCACCAGGUGACCUUGGAACUAUUUCCUGACACCCCAGCCUCCUGCCAUGUCUGACCCCAUUACACUGAAUGUCGGGGGGAAGCUUUACACUACGUCCCUGGCAACCCUGACCAGCUUCCCUGACUCCAUGUUAGGUGCCAUGUUUAGUGGGAAGAUGCCCACCAAGAGGGACAGCCAGGGCAACUGCUUUAUUGAUCGUGAUGGCAAAGUGUUCCGCUAUAUCCUCAACUUCCUGCGGACUUCCCACCUGGACCUGCCUGAAGACUUCCAGGAGAUGGGCUUGCUCCGCAGAGAGGCUGACUUCUACCAGGUACAACCCCUAAUAGAGGCACUGCAGGAGAAGGAGGUGGAGCUCUCCAAGGCAGAGAAGAACGCCAUGCUCAACAUCACACUGAAGCAGCGUGUGCAGACGGUCCACUUCACUGUGCGCGAGGCACCCCAGAUUUAUAGCCUCUCGUCCUCCAGCAUGGAGGUCUUCAAUGCCAACAUCUUUAGCACAUCUUGCCUCUUCCUCAAACUCCUCGGCUCUAAGCUCUUCUACUGCUCCAAUGGCAAUCUCUCCUCCAUCACCAGCCAUUUACAGGACCCCAACCACCUGACUCUGGACUGGGUGGCCAAUGUGGAAGGCCUGCCCGAGGAGGAGUACACCAAACAGAACCUUAAGAGGCUCUGGGUGGUGCCCGCCAACAAGCAGAUCAACAGCUUCCAGGUCUUCGUGGAGGAGGUGCUGAAAAUUGCUCUGAGUGAUGGCUUCUGCAUCGAUUCUUCUCACCCACAUGCUCUGGAUUUUAUGAACAAUAAGAUUAUUCGGUUAAUACGGUACAGGUAAAAAGAUCCCAGUAACACUGGAGAGGGGGUUCCCAAGAAACUCUAUAUUAGCCAAGGCUUUGGAGAGUGUCUCACCAGUAAUGGUGAGGCAGGGUACUAGACUAAUCUAUAUUAAUUGCAUUGCAGGACUUGAUUCCCUUAUGAUAAAGUCCACCUUUUGGAAUCCACAUGUCCUCUGAACAGAACCACCUUUUUCUUACCAUUUUGAGCUGGAGCUGGGCAAUUUAUUAUGACAAGGGAAGAGUUGGCUGAUGUGAAUGAAAGGAGUCCACAGGAGGACUUUCUGGUCAGGGUAGAGGAGCAGACGUUUUCUCAUGGACUCCAUCUCUGCACCAGUCGCCAGUGCCUCAUGGACCCAUGUGAAAGAAAAAAGUUCCUGGCAGCAAAAGGGGUGGAAUGAGAAGCAAAGGUUUUCUACAGUUUCCCAUGACAUAAAGUGCCCAGGAGAUCCCAUCACAUCUGUUCUUCUUUCUCUGGGAUGUGUCCAGGGGCUUGGACUUAUUUGCCCAGGAGGAACCAUGUUUAGCCAAUUUGGAAUGCAUUGUGCUUCCAGCACACUUUAGUGGCCCCCACUCAGGAAAGAGUUGAGCUAUGACACGGCCUCGAGGAGUGAACACCAAGCAGGGUUCAGAAAGUAGGGACUUCCCUCUCAACGGGACUGAAUCUAGGGAUUUCUGACUUCAGAAAUGUGCUGCUGACCCUAUAAAAUAUCUGGAGCCAAUGUACUAAAAGACACUUCGUAAUCCAGCCUGUUGCUUAACUCUUAUAAUCAUUUUCCCCAAAAUUUGAGGUAUCACUAAAACAAAUACAUAUGGAUUCUCAGGGUUGGAAAAUAUCCAGUGGUUGUUUAGUCCUCCCCAACCCCUAGGACACUCCAGCAUAUUUGAGGAUGAAGACCUGUCCUUGAGUACCUCCAAGGGAUCACCUAUGCCUGCCUACAUACCUCUGGUGACAGAAAGCUCACUGUCCCUACGGCAGCUACUGCCAUGGGUGGACAAUGCUGGCUAUUAGAAAGUUCUUCCUACAUUGAGCCAAAAUCUGUCCUUCUGUUUUCAUGUGCUAGAUCUUGAUUUUAGACCUUCCUUCUCACCCAUACACACAUCUUUGCUUUCAAAACAGUCACCUCAAGAAGCCAGACACUUAUUCUGAAAAUAUUACACAGAAUUCAGAUUGCCCUUUGGGAUCUGUCUUGGGAACCAAAGUUAGCUCCCGAGUGCUCUGCAAGCCAAUGCCUUUUUGUUACGACUUUGCCUUGUUUGUGAUCCCCACUUCAUCCACCUUCCCCACCAGCCAUGGCUCAGCAUCCCUUUUCAUCAUUUCCAGUUGGGAGAUGAAGAGUCACCGCUGUGGAGAUCCAGAGGAAGGAGACAGGGUCUUGGAGAGCAAUGUGCAGCAAGGAGUCCAAGAGUGGUCUGAUCUGUAACAUUUCCCUUACAGUAAGUGUCAGCUCGUAAGACAUUUCUCUCAAGAAGGUGGCCUUCCCAUGUAGUAAGUACUGUGUCUGCCGCUAACCAGACCAUGGGCUUCCGUGAGGUACAAUCCAAAGCAAGAAUCCCAAAGCCCUACUCUUCCCACCUUGGGUGACAAACCUUGCAGGGCUCCAAACUGCAUCCCUAAAGCUUUUGGAGUCCCAGAGUCUUGCCCACUAUGGACCCCCCAGACACAGCCUGGUGGCACAGCCAACCUCAGGAGCUGGGCCAAGUAAGGGACUCUCCAUAGCUAUACCCUGAGAAGAUGCUGGCUGUGGACAAGGCCAUUCCCUCCUAUAGGAGGACCCAGGAGUCUCUGACAGCUGUUCCCCAGCCACCAGGCCAGUGCUACUCUAGAAAGCCCAUCAAAACAGACCCAGUUUAGAAAGGCCGCAGAAGCUCUGACCACAGGAAAAACAAUUUGAGGAAGAACUCUCAUAAGUCACCACUGCUCUUUUUUUUCUCCAUACCUUUCUCCAUCAUUUUGGUGCUUCCUAAUUCAAGCAGCUUGACUAGAGAAAGUACAGAAGCUGUGAA